AUGACUCGCCGGCUGCUACUACCCGUUCUAGUCCUCCUCGCCGCCUUCUCAGGUGCGCCUCGGUCAGGUGCGCUUAUCCCCCGCUCGUUCAGGUGCGGCCGCCCCGAGACCAGCUUCCAUCGCGCGGCUUACUCCAGCAGCAACCAUGACCCGCCGGCUGCUACUACCCGUUCUAGUCCUCCUCGCCGCUUUCUCAGGUGCGCGCAUCCCCUGCUCGUUCAGGUGCGCGCAUCCCCUGCUCGUUCAGGUGCGCGCAUCCCCUGCUCGUUCAGGUGCGCGUAUUCCCGCCCCCUCGGGUGUGCCCACAGCAUCGCGUCAUCGGGGUCCGCAUCGCUCCCAGACGGCGCCACGUGUUACCUGGACAGCGAGCGGCGGCCCGUUUACCCCUUCUGCCGCGGAAACAAGCGCAACUGCGUGGUGACUCAGGUGCCGACGGCGCCACAAGCCAAGUACGUCGGCCGCUGCAACUCCACCUACACCAGAGGCUCCUUCUGUCGCUAUGCCGGCACACCAUACGCGGUGGGCACAAAGGGCGUGCAGGGCAACGCGCUCUGCAAGACGUGUGACUGCACCUACCGGAGGAAAAUGCCCGGCCCCAACCGGGCAGUCUGUUCCUGCUCCUCGCUGCCCGCCUGCUACGUUGACUACAACGGGCAACCCGUGCGAAAGUUUCGCUGCCCGGAAGAGCAAAACAUGUGUGUGAUUACCAAGAUAAGAGGAGGCGGCAAGGACAAGAAGGGUCUGCCUGUGGACAAGGGCGUGUGCGUCUUCUCUGGCAUCCAGGGCAUCUGUGGGGCAGCAGGGCCCAGCUGGGGACCAAAAUUCUACAUGGCAGGAACAGAGGGCAUGCCCAAGCCACAGGGGACCGCUGCUCCCAGUGAUACCUGCUCUUGCAGUGCUCUUACCACCCCCUUUCCUCUCCCCUCCCCUACUCCCAUCUGA